AUGGCUCCCUCCGCCAUCGCCACACUCGAGCGUCCCGCCGACGCCGCCGCGCCCGUCGCCAACUUCACCGGCUACGACCACGUCACCUGGUGGGUGGGCAACGCCAAGCAGGCGGCCUCGUACUACACCACGCUCUUCGGCUUCCACGUCGAGGCCUACCGCGGGCUGGAGACGGGCUCGCGCUACUUUGCCUCGUACGUCGUCUCCAACGGCGCCGUGCGCUUCGUCUUCACCUCGCCGCUGCGCUCCGCCGCCCACCUGCCCGCCGACGAGCCCAUCGCCGCUGACGAGCGCCGCCUGCUCGCCGACGUCUACGCCCACAUGGAGCGCCACGGCGACGCCGUCAAGGACGUCGCCUUCGAGGUCGACGACGUCGCCGCCGUCUACGACAGCGCCGUCAAGGGCGGCGCCGACGCCGUCCAGCCACCGCGGACCGUCAGCGACGAGCACGGCUCCGUCACCACGGCGGUCAUCCGCACGUACGGCGACACCACGCACACGCUGAUUGCGCGCUCGCCGGGGUACGCGGGGAUCUUCAUGCCGGGCUUCCGCGCCGGCAAGCCGAGCACGGCGGCGGUGGACCUGCCCGUGGUGCCGCUGGCGCGCAUCGACCACUGCGUCGGCAACCAGGACUGGGACGAGAUGAACGCCGCCUGCCGCUUCUACGAGUCCGCGCUGUCCUUCCACCGCUUCUGGUCCGUCGACGACAACCAGAUCAGCACCGAGUUCUCCGCGCUCUCCUCCAUCGUCAUGGCCUCCCCCAACAACCUCGUCAAGAUGCCCAUCAACGAGCCCGCCCCCGGCAAGAAGAAGUCGCAGAUUGAGGAGUACGUCGUCUUCAACUCGGGCGCCGGCGUCCAGCACAUUGCCCUCCUCACCCGCGACAUCAUCACUUCCGUGACGGCGCUGCGAGCCCGCGGUGUCGAGUUCAUCAACGUGCCGCAGACGUACUACGACACGAUGCGCCACCGCCUCAAGACGGAGAAGCGCAACUGGGAACUGCGCGAGGACUUGGACACGAUCCAGCGGCUCAACAUCCUGAUCGACUACGACGAGGGCGGGUACCUGCUGCAGCUGUUCACGAAGCCGCUGAUGGACCGCCCGACCGUCUUCAUCGAGAUCAUCCAGCGCAAUGACUUUGAGGGCUUCGGCGCCGGCAACUUCAAGAGCCUCUUUGAGGCUAUUGAGCGCGAGCAGGCCGAGCGCGGCAACCUGUAA